AGAGGACAGACAGAGGCUCACCAACAAAUGUUUCAGGACGCCCAAAUGAGAGAAGGAGCCCCGAUUGCUGACAUUUCGUAGCUGGGGCGUUGCGAGCAGCACAAGUCCAAGAUGGAAUCUUGGAGCAUGGAAGCUGAUGCGAAAAAAGCCCGUCUGCCAUGGAGCGUUUGCUGAAGCAGCGUACAGAGAUUCUGCGUGCUCUCUGCAGUGGUGGGUCAGCUGAACAUCUGGAAAGCAUUUUGGAUAUACUGCUGGCUCAGGAAGAGAUCACAUGGGAGGACUACCAGAACGUACAGGUUACAGGAAGACCACUGAACAGCAAUGCCAGAAACCUGCUUGACCUGGUUUACACAAAGGGUGCAGACACCUGUGAGCUCUUCCUCGCUGCUCUCAAACAGAUUCUGCCAAAAGAGCAGGGGGCUGGUCUUUGCUUCUUAGAACACUCAUCCACUUUGGAUGAACUAGAAGUCACUCAGAGGACAUGGACGGAGACGGUCCUGAAACGAAGACCUAGUCUGGUCUGGAAACUGCAGGGCUCCGUUCAUGAUGCGGUGGAAGCUCUUGUGGAGUCUGGACACUUCUCCUCUGCAGAUGCUAAUGAAGUGCUGCUACCUGUUUACACCCCGUCUCAGCAGGCGAGGCGACUUCUGGAUCAUGUCGGGUCCAAAGGCGAGUCGGCAUCAAAAAUGCUGCUGCAGUUCAGUCAGCAAAGUGAAGAACCCCAAACCUCCCCGAAUCAGGACAAGCUCACCAACACCACAGAGGUCUUGAAAAGAUUCAAGGAGAAGCUGAGCAGCUCUGUGUCAGCAGAGUCCUGUUUUCUCAGUACGUACGGAAGGACCAACCACAUGCCUCUUGAGGUUAUCUUCACUGAAGUCCAGCUGGCGUUACCCGACAACAAACCUGUGAGCCUGGAGGAGAUAGUGAGUCCUAAGGAUGCAGUGAACGGGGAGGCGGACACGGUGCUGGUGUCCGGGGUGGCAGGAAGUGGGAAGAGCACCCUGCUGCAGAGGCUGCACCUUCUCUGGUCUCAAGGGAGCGCCCUUCGGGACUUUCUCCUUGUGUUUCCGUUCAGCUGCCGCAGGCUGAACUCAGAGCUCAGAGAACUAUCCCUGCAGGAGCUGCUGUUCCAGCACUGCUGCUGGCCGGACAGAGGGCAGGAGGAGAUCUUCCAGUUCAUCCUGGAUCACCCGCAACUCAUCCUCUUCACCUUCGAUGGUCUGGAUGAGCUCAAGCAAAGCUUUUCCGAUGACCAGAGGCUGUGCUGUCCCACACAGCGUGCACCUGUGCAUGUGCUUCUGUUCAACCUGAUUCAAGGAUCCCUGAUGAAAGGGGUGUGGAAAGUGGUCACCAGUCGUCCAGAUGCAGUGGGCCCCGGCUUGAAGCAGCACCUUCGCAGAGAGGUCCUCCUGAAAGGCUUUUCUCCAGCAGGCAUUGAGUCCUUCGUGAGACAACAUCACAGAGAUCCCACUGUAGCUGCUAAAGUGUUAGAAUCUCUGCAGGCGAACACAGCUUUGCUGGGAUUGUGUCAUAGUCCAGUUCUCUGCUGGAUAGUCUCCCAGUGUCAUAAAGAGCUGCUUGGCUGUGGGGAGGGAAGACCUCAAACCCUCACAGAUGUUUAUCUGAUGAUCCUACAGCACUUUUUUCAACACAAGCAUCUUCUGAAGAACCCAAUUGGAGCAGGCUGGCUGCAGGAGCACAAGGAGACGGUGUUGCACCUUGGGAAGCUUGCUUUUGAUGGAAUAUCUACCUCAUGUUACGUCUUUUCCAGCACAGAUUUAGAGCUGUGUAAUGUAGGUGAAGGGGAACUCUUGACUGGCUUUCUUACACAAAGCAGAAAUGUUUCCCAAAUUGACAGAAAAUGUUACGAAUUCCUGCAUUUAACAAUACAAUGCUUCUUUGCUGCUCUUCACAUUGUUUUGUCGCCUAACGUUGAGCGUUCAGCUGUCACCAAACUCUUUGAUCUGUGGAACAUGACAGAGAAAAGUAGCACAUGCUUUGGCCUCUGCCUGCCGGACAAACAAAGCUGGGCUACGAAGAAUGACAGGAAUGCAGUAGAAACACCUAACCUGCAGAUCAUAGCCACCUUUGUGUCUGGACUGCUGUCCCAGCGCCACAAACACUUGUGGCUCCACUGCUGCCCCGGCGCUGCUCUGGAGCAGAAAGGCAGACAGGUGGUAAAAAGCCUGUCCAAAGGCAUGCAGAGGCAUUUCCGGUCCAUCCCCAAACCCGUUCCGGGAGAGAAAAAGAGCAUGCAUGCGUUGCCUCACUUUGUCUGGCUUAUCAAGUGCAUCUACGAGAUGCAGGACAGCCAGAUUGCUAAAGAUGCUAUGAGUAAGCUGGAGGUGGACCACCUAAAACUGACGUACUGUAAUAUUGGCCCUGUUGAAUGCACUGCCCUCGCCUUUGUGCUCCAGCAUUUAAAGAACCCUGUUGGUCUUAAUCUGGACAACAACUCUGUGGGUGACGUUGGAGUGGAGCAGCUUCUUCCCUGCUUGCACAUUUGUAGCUCCUUGUACCUCAGAAAUAACAACAUUACAGAUGAAGGUAUUCGCAAACUGACUGACAAAGGUGUGCAGUGUGACAGCUUCCAGAAAAUAGCCCUCUUCAACAACAGACUAACUGAUGCUUGCACCCAGCACUUCUCCCACCUUCUGAAGACCAAGCAGAAUUUCCUUGCUUUAAGGCUGGGCAACAAUAAUAUAACAGCCGAUGGGGCAAAGCUGCUGGCAGAGGGACUGAAACAGAACGGCUCUCUCAUGUAUUUAGGGCUUUGGGGAAAUCGGAUUGGUGAUGAAGGAGCGGAGGUCAUUGCCAAUGCCUUAGAAAGCAGCACAUCUCUGGUAUGGCUCAGCCUCGUGGGUAACGGUGUUGGAAGCACAGGGGCGUGUGCUCUCUCCAAGGUCAUCAGGAACAGCCCAUCACUGGAGGAGCUCUGGCUGACGGACAACUGCAUAACCAGGACAGGGGUGGAAUCUCUCAUUGAAGCCUUGGAAAGUAACCCACGAGUGAAGUCAGUAUGGUUAAGAGGCAAUGAGCUCAGCUCUGAGGACGUUGCAGAAUUAAAUCAGCGAGAACCAAGGCUUCUUUUUUGAUGUAAUGUGCCUGUUAUUGAAAAAACUACAUAUUUUUUGCAAUGUAACUGCUACUCCUUACUGACGUACAACUGCCGUAUGGAUGAGCACACUUAAGAACCAUGAAUGACAUUUGCACAUCUUCACUUUCUUCCCUUUUUGGCUUAAAGUAACAGAUCUCCCAGGCAAAAUAAAUCAACCUAAAACCUUACGUUUGAAGGAAUUUUGUAUGAGUUUACUACUAGCAGAGCUAGAACAUUUCAUAAGGGGUGGGGGGUAAUUGUAUCCGUUAAUUAAAACAGUUUUAUUUUUGUUAUUAUCAAUAAUAAAAACAGCAGUUCUUUUAGCUGAGGUGCAAUUACUAAUGAAAAAGCUUGUAUUGAUGAUUUUAAAUUUUGCCAAUAACGAUACUAGUCAAAUAUUAGAGAGGCAAAGCUUUUUGCCUCACUUUGACUUGUGAGAUAAAAAAAGUAAAGUUUUUCUGUUUUUGUUUCUCAGUCCUGUUUACUUGACUUUGAAUUGGUUUUUAAAUGUAGAUCAAACUAACUGCAUGGGUUCUUAGGCAAAGAUGCAACAACAAAACCUUCCAAAUAUUUUAGCAUGUACCUCAAAAACUGAGCAGCUGCUGUACCUCACACUUUUAAGUUACAUGUGUCUGAAGUGGGACUGAAUUGGACAGAAUUUGUAGCUUUUUUGCUGCCCCCCUGUCAUUUAGUUCUCAAAAAAUGCAACUCUCAGAAGCUAUUUCACUUGGUUUUAUUAUAAUUUCUUGUUGAAUAACAGCUAAUCUCGAUGAAAAUGCUGUUGCAUUUGUUAAAGUUUUUAUUCUAUUUUGUUGUUCUCUUUUUUGUUUCCUUAUGGCAUAAGCUGUUGACUUUUGUGGGAGGUGUUUCUCAUGUGGAUGUCUUAUCUGGUUUAAUAAAAGUUAAAGUUAAAAAAA